AUGAGCAUAAACCUAAGAGACGGAUUGCUUGGCCAGUCUGUCGACCAUGUCCUCGAAGAUCUUCUUGUGAGAUUCGUCAUAAAUGUACCUGACGAGGACUUGUCCUCCAUUGAAAGGGUGUUUUUCCAGGUCGAAGAAGCUCAAUGGUUCUAUACCGAUUUCUUGCGGACGCUCAACCCCGAGCUACCAAGCAUGAAGAUGAAGAGCUUUGCUCCCAAAAUAUUGAACAAAUGUCCGUUACUCUGGAAAUGGGGCGACCCAGCCGACGCAUUGCCUAGGUUCGGAAAGUAUAAAUCCACAAUUCCUGUCAGGGGAAUUGCCAUGUUAAACAAGGACUUGUCCAAACUAGUAUUGUUGAAAGGUCUUGAAUCAAACACGUGGUCGUUUCCAAGAGGAAAGAUAUCUAAAGGCGAGGCUGACCUAGAGUGUGCUAUCAGAGAAACACGUGAGGAGACGGGAUUUGACGCUCGUGAAUACGUCAGUGAAAAUGCCGUGCUCGAAAGAACUAUCUACGGCAAAAACUUCAAGAUAUAUUUGGCAAAAGGUGUCCCCGAGGACCAUGUUUUUGAACCUCUCGUGCGGAAUGAGAUUGCGGAAAUUCGCUGGUUCGACAUAAAGAACCUUCUGAAACUCGUGAAGAACUCCCCCAACAAGUAUUUCGUGGUCAACACACUUCUCAAGCCCUUAACUAAAUGGAUCAACGGCAACAAGGGCUUGGUCAGCGACGAGCAGUUGAUGAGGGAUGCCGAAAUCAAGUUGAAGGCAUUGAUGGGAAUCACUCCCAGCGCCCAAGCCAACGCCGAUGCUGGCAGAGAAUUGCUCGACAUUUUGCAAGGAGCAAAGCCACAGACCCCCCUUUCCAAUGUUCCAGUUGGAGGACUUCCAGUGCCGCAGCUGCAACAACAGUUCAUCCAAAUGUCACUUCCACAGCACUUGCAAAGUGUGUACUCGGGAUUUGCUCAUAUGCCCCAGUUCUUUUCUCCUUAUACUCAAGGCCUGAACCAUACUUCAGUGGUUUCCCCACCUGAGUUUAUUCCACCACAUUUUGAGAACGCCAAGCCUCAGGUUCACACCUCGGCAUCAUUGCCCACAAACGCACAAGCGCUGACCAACUCCAAGGAAUUGUUAUCUAUAUUGAAGGGAACUACUACACCUAAGAACACUGGAGUGCCUGACGUAUCCCCUCCUCUGAAUAAUUUGCAAGAUAAGUCCAGCCCGGCAGAAGAACUUCUACUGAUUCUCAAGAAAAGCAAACCGAAGCCUAAGGCAACACAAAAAUUGCCUGCCGAUCCUCCUGUCACAACUUCCCGGCCGGAUACGCCGUCCAAGAAAAUCACCCUAUUGAAGCGCGACAAAACCGCGUCCGAGAGCAAUGCUUCGGCCACACUCUUGGGAAUUUUAGGUAAAAAGCCUCACACUACAGAGACAAAUGUUCCACAAUCAGAAGAGAAACCUAACAAACUAGCAUCAGCUGAACUAUUGGGCAUACUCAACAAGUCAAAAACAGGGGAGCUAUCUGGAGAUAAUUGUAUGAAACUGCAGCUCGAAUCAUCAGAAACUUCUUCGAGCUCCGCUGAAUUGCUCAACAUUUUACAUGCAAAGAAUCAUAUCCCUAUCAGCAAAGAAGAGGCAAAUGGUGACACGCCACAUAUUUCAGAACAAAAGCCUAUACGCCUUGCCAAAAGGAGUGAAGAGGUACCUGCAGACCUUAAAAGUUUUUUCCAAGGUGAAAGUCAACCAGGCAGCGAGCCCUCGUCCCAACCAGCAACAGAUUUGAGUGCUGGAAACCAAAUCUUGCGUCUCAUAGGUAAAGACACGGAAGCAAACAACUCAAAGGCCCCUCGUAGUGGUCAAGAAAAUGAUGAGAAUUUUGACGACUUCGAUGACUUCGAAAACUUUGAGAACUUUGAUGACUUUGAAGACAUCCAAGGUCCACCCAGUCACAUUUAUGAUCUAAUCAACAAGACGUUGGAUGCGCAGAUGGACGAAGAAGAUAUGUUUGAGGAUGCUCAUUCCCACAUGCUCCCUGUCGAAUCUCAGACUGCUCCUGCCGAAUUCCUGCCGAUUACUCAUGAAAACAAAACUGCGCCAAACCACUUGUCAGCAUAUCAAAAUACUUAUGGCUUCCCAGAUGUCGGGAUCAACAAAAGUGUCUCAACUCCGCAACCUAAGCGCGCACCUUCAACUAACGGGGCAGAUAUCCUUCUGCUUUUGAGACGAAACUAA